AUGAAGUCGACAUGUCUGCUCAUCUUGACUUCUGUCAUGGUCUGCAACUUGACGGUGUCCAGAGGACAGGGGCUCCCUGCUGAGGAUGAGAUGGACCGAAGGACCAUAGACGACAUCAUACUACAGAGAGCAGAGAGUCUCUUGUUACGGUCUAUUCUCAAAAAAAUGCAGGAUGAAGACAGCAGAAGUGAGGGAUUUUCCUCUCAGCCAGAAUGGGUAACAAAACGACAACAUCCCGGUAAGAGGUACAGUGAAGAUUUGGAGAAGCGGCAGCAUCCAGGGAGGAGAGAAGAAGACGAGGAUGAACAGUACUUGGAUGUUCAAAAGAGACAGCACCCAGGCAAACGCGAAGAUGAAAUGGACUCGUUCAUGGAGCUCCAGAAAAGGCAGCACCCAGGAAAGCGCUCCACGAUGGGACACAUUUCUGAAAACCCUGUAUUACUGCUGAGUGAACUUUCAAAACGACAGCACCCAGGCAAGCGCUACCUGGUGCUGCAUAGCAAACGCCAGCACCCAGGUAAGCGCUUUCAAGAGGAUGAGGAUGACGAUGGGGACUGGGAUGCGGAUGAAGAAGACUUCCCGGAGUUGGAAAAGCGUCAGCACCCCGGGAAACGGUUUUUGGAUAACUCUAGUCCGGAUUUAGGCACUAACAGUCCAUGUGAUGUAUUGGACUCUACGAGCUGCAGCAAGACCAGUCUGCUGCUCGAUUUUUUAGACAACAUAAACAAGAGUCAUGCCGAGGAGAAGAGACAACACCCGGGUAAAAGGUUUGCACCUGAAGAUGACUUAGUGGAAGGAGAGUAG